CAUUAUUUAGCAUUUUGGUUGGUUUGAUUUUCGUUUUCGCUUGUCAUUCUAAAUCUUGGUUUCGAGAGUUUUGUAAGCUAAAUAAAUACUAAAAAUGGCUUUAUUAGAUUACUGCCGCUUAGACGAAAAAAUCAACUUGAAGCCUGCCGAUGCUCUGGCAUCUAUUAAUUCCGAUGUGCUGGGAUACACUCAGAAUUUUAUGAACAGUGUCCAACUUGCAACUCCGCCUUUUGCUAACCCUGUUGAAACACUAGCACAGUUCAACACAAAGGAUGAGACAGGACGCCAGAUCAAAAUUGAGUUUGAUCACGGUACAACUACUCUUGGUUUUCGUUAUAAAGGUGGAGUUCUAUUAGCUGUUGACUCCAGAGCAACUGGUGGUCAGUUCAUUGGUUCACAGUCUAUGAAGAAAAUUGUUGAAAUCAAUGACUACUUACUUGGCACAUUAGCUGGUGGUGCAGCAGAUUGUGUAUAUUGGGACAGAGUGCUGGCGAAACAGUGCCGUCUAUAUGAGUUGCGCAAUCGCGAGCGCAUAUCUGUGGCUGCCGCCAGCAAGCUGAUGGCUAACAUGGUUUACAACUACAAGGGCAUGGGACUCAGCAUGGGCAUGAUGCUUGCUGGCAUUGACAAGAGGGGCGCUCAACUUUACUAUGUGGACAGUGAAGGCACCCGCACUCCUGGCAAAGUGUUCUCAGUGGGAUCAGGUUCAGUAUUUGCGUUUGGUGUUCUGGACUCGGGUUACCACUGGGACCUUGAAGAUGUUGAGGCUCAAGAGCUGGGUCGUCGUGCGAUUUACCACGCGACCUACCGCGACGCGUACUCUGGCGGUAUCAUCAGAGUGUACCACAUCAACGACAAGGGCUGGGUCAACAUCUCCAACGAGGACUGCUCUGAAUUACAUUAUAAGUACCAAGCGGAGAAGGGAGUCAAAGAUGAAUAAAUUAUAAGUUUUUUAAUAAAUAUGGUUAAUG